AACAUCUCCUAUGAUCCUCAGGUACAGAAUACUAAAUAUAGUAACACUACAUUUCAGAAAGUGCAACAAUAUGAAGAGUAAAUAACUGAAUGAGAAAACUUAUACUCCUGUGGGGGUCGCGAUAUUUCGAUACUAGACAGAUGAAAAAAAUAUAUAUUCUCAGGUGAAACGCUCGGCUGAAAACAGGAAUCCACCAAACCUACGCUCCUCUAGGUACUCCUGUGACUAACUGGCAUUGCCGCGUCAUAUAAAGCGACAAGUAAAAAAACUGCAAGAAACCUGGCGCUUAUGAGAAAGAUUCUCCUAUUUGUAGCCAAUCGGAAAUUUUCGAGCCCCAGCUCGUUUUUGAAGUAAAGCCACUGUAGAGUGGUACUUUACCUCCGAUUUCUGACUUUUCCCAUCAUGCUUGCUCUUCCUUUUCGAGUCCGAUGCUCCCAUGUCCUAUUCCUCCGGAUCCACGUCAUGGGUCCAUUUUAGCCCAUCUCGGCUAAAGCACUCCAAAAUACUGAUAACGGGAAGGGGCUGUCACAGUUUGGUGCAGACUUGUGCAAAGAUCACCAUGUUGGAUUCUGAAGGGAAAGAAGUGCCUCAAAGCAUUACUGAUUCAUUAUUAAAAGGAAACGGUGAUCAAAGAGUUUUAAAAAAUACCAGAAAUGAGGUUGAUCAGGCAAUGCAGAAGACUGGUGCAAUGGAUGAGCUUCAAAGCCUUGAUCCUAGACGGCAAGAAUUGUUAGAGGCUCGAUUUACUGGAGGAGUAAGUGGCAGCAUGGGCAGUACUGGUAGUGGAAGCACUGGUGCAAAAGUGUCAACAAAUAACGAGUGUUCUAAUCACAGUUACGGAAGCCUUGGCUCUUUAAGUGACAAAGAAUCAGAGACUCCUGAAAAGAAACAGUCAGAUUCUUCUAGGGGAAGAAAAAGAAAGGCAGAUACUUACAAUGAGAGUAGUCAAGGAAAAAGUUGUGGAAGAAGUCACAAAAUAAGCGAUUACUUUGAGUAUCAAGGAGGUAAUGGCUCCAGUCCUGUAAGAAGUGCUCCUCCUGCAGUACAGUCUCCGCAGAGCUCACAUUCUGCUCCUCCUCCUUCCUGUACUGACCUUACACUGCAGAAGUUAGCUGCACUUGAAACCAAUAAAAAUCAGGACCUGGAAAAGAAAGAAGGACGUAUAGAUGAUUUGCUCAGGGCAAAUUGUGAUCUAAGAAGACAAAUUGAAGAACAGCAAAAAUUACUUGACAAAUACAAAGAAAGGUUAAAUAAAUGUAUAACAAUGAGCAAGAAACUUCUUAUUGAAAAGAGUACACAGGAAAAGUUGUCGUGCCGGGAAAAGAGUAUGCAAGACCGAUUACGCCUUGGGCAUUUCACAACAGUUCGACAUGGUGCUUCAUUUACUGAACAAUGGACGGAUGGUUAUGCAUUUCAGAAUCUUGUAAAACAACAGGAAUGGAUAAACCAACAAAGGGAAGAGAUUGAAAGACAAAGAAAACUACUUGCAAAACGAAAACCCGCAUCCAACAACCCUCAGACACCAGCUCCAAGUUCAGAACUAAAACAACGAAAAAACAAGGCUAUAAAUGGAGCAGAUAGUGAUCCUUUUCUGAAACCCAGCCUCCCACAGUUGCUAACAGUAGCAGAAUACCAUGAACAAGAAGAAAUAUUCAAACUUCGAUUGGGGCAACUGAAAAAGGAAGAAGCAGAAAUACAAGCAGAGCUUGAACGCUUGGAAAGAGUAAGAAAUCUUCAUAUACGAGAACUUAAAAGAAUUAAUAAUGAAGAUAACUCACAGCAUUUGAUUUAUAUGAACAGAGAUACGCUGCUGUGAAGAUUCACCAGCUUAAUAAAAACUGGAGAGAAGAGAAGAAGGAGAACUACCAUAAACAUGCUUGCAGAGAGUACAGAAUACACAAAGAACUUGAUCACCCCAGAAUCGUUAAGUUGUAUGACUAUUUCUCUUUGGAUACAGACACAUUCUGUACUGUAUUAGAAUUCUGUGAAGGCAACGACUUAGAUUUCUACCUGAAGCAGCACAAGUUAAUGUCCGAGAAAGAAGCCCGGUCAAUUGUAAUGCAGAUAGUAAAUGCACUUCGUUACCUCAAUGAGAUCAAACCUCCUAUUAUACACUAUGAUCUUAAGCCUGGUAACAUUCUGCUUGUUGAUGGAACAGCUUGUGGUGAAAUAAAAAUCACUGAUUUUGGUUUGUCCAAAAUAAUGGAUGAUGAUAGUUACGGUGUGGAUGGAAUGGAUCUCACUUCCCAAGGUGCAGGAACAUAUUGGUACUUGCCACCAGAGUGCUUUGUAGUUGGCAAAGAACCACCAAAGAUUUCUAAUAAAGUUGAUGUGUGGUCAGUCGGUGUGAUUUUUUUCCAGUGUCUUUAUGGACGAAAGCCUUUUGGUCACAACCAGUCCCAACAGGAUAUUUUGCAAGAAAAUACAAUACUGAAAGCUACAGAUGUCCAGUUUCCUGUUAAGCCUGUUGUAAGCAAUGAAGCAAAGGCUUUCAUAAGACGUUGCUUGGCCUACCGCAAGGAGGAUCGAUUUGAUGUGCAGCAGUUGGGUAAUGAUGCCUAUCUGCUUCCUCACAUGAGGAGAUCAAAUUCUUCAGGAAACCUACUUGUAUCUGGAGCAACAACACCUCCUGUAUCUCCUGCUUCAAGCAUCAUUUCUUACUGACACUGCUUUGAUUUUUGAGCCUGAUAAGUGAUGUACAUUGGUAAUAUGCAGACGUAAAGUUUAGUUUGAGUAAUUGGGGAAUAAUCUGUAAUUGAUACUUUUGAAAAAAAAUCUGAACGAGUUUGGAAUCUUCGUUUGUGCAGCAGGCAGGCCCAUGGACUGUUACUGCGGAGAAACCUUGGGAUGGCAAAGUGCAGCUUUAUGUCUCACAGGAACUUCAUUAAAAUUUUUUUUUUUUUUUUUUUUUUUUUUAAAAGGCUGAUGAGAUCUGAAUUAACUUUAGGGAACAUUGUAAAUAUAUCCUUAGUCACAAUUCUGUUUCCAGUGCUUCAUUAUGGUCUUCAGUCGAUAUCACAUUUCUGAAGAGGAGCAAAAUACUUUUCAUACACAGAAAAGAAAAAUAAGACUGCCUUUUUUAAAAAACUGUAUAUGCCGACAAAGUGCACGCUGCCUGGGCAUAAAUGUGUGACACAUCUAGGUAGUUUACUUUUCUGAUGAUGUUGAUCAUUGACAUUCACUCUGUAAUGUAAUUCAUUUUUACAUGUAAUUCUUUUCAUAAAGAAUUGGUUCAUUACAGAGUAAAAAAAGUAAAUGCUUAA